CCCGCCUGCCUGGUGAAAGGAACCGCAGCGCACAGGGUGGGAGGGCUUCCGAUUUAGCAGGGCGGCUUCCGGAAGGCGGAGCUCCAACCCCAUUUCCUUUCUCUGGGCUGGUUCUGGCCCAGCUGCACCUGUGUGUGGCCCUGGCUUCCCGGCUCUCUGCAGCUCGGUGGCAGCAGCAUGGGUGGCGCGCGGGACGUGGGCUGGGUGGCAGCAGGGCUGGUCCUGGGCGCCGGCGCCUGCUACUGUAUCUACCGGCUGACUCGGGGACCGCGGCGAGGCGGGCGCCGGCUGCGCCCUUCCCGGUCCGCAGAAGACCUAACUGAUGGCUCCUAUGAUGAGAUCUUAAAUGCGGAACAGCUUGAGAAACUUCUGUACCUGCUGGAGUCAACUGAUGAUCCUAUAAUUACUGAAAAAGCCUUGGUCACCUUGGGAAAUAAUGCAGCCUUUUCCACUAACCAAGCCAUUAUUCGUGAGUUGGGUGGUAUCCCAAUUGUUGGAAACAAAAUCAACUCCCUGAACCAAAGUAUAAAAGAGAAAGCUUUAAAUGCCCUAAAUAACCUGAGUGUCAAUGUCGAAAAUCAAACUAAGAUAAAGAUCUAUGUCCGUCAAGUCUGUGAGGAUGUCUUUGCCGAUCCCCUGAACUCUGCAGUGCAGCUGGCUGGACUGAGGCUCCUGACGAACAUGACGGUCACCAAUGACCACCAGCACCUGCUCGGCGGCUACAUCGCUGGCCUGUUCCACCUGCUGCUCACCGGGAAUGGAAGCACCAAGGUUCAGGUUUUGAAGCUGCUUUUGAAUUUGUCUGAGAAUCCAGCCAUGACAGAAGGACUACUCAGUGUCCAAGUGGAUCCCUCAUUCCUUUCGCUUUAUGACGGCCAAGUAGCAAAUGAGAUUCUUCUCCGGGCUCUUACGCUGCUUCAGAAUAUAAACAAUUGCCUCAAAGUGCAAGGCCGGUCAGCUAAUCAGCUUCCUUUUGCUAAAGGCUCAUUGUUUUUUCUGUUGUAUGGAGAAGAAUGUGCCCAGAAAAUGAAAGCUUUGGCUUGUCAUCAUGAUAUGGAUGUGAAAGAGAAGGCUUUAGCAAUUAAGCCGAAAUUCUGACUGGUUGCUCCUAUUUUUAUUAAAGAAUCAAAGAAUACUGCAAGGAGCCUCUACCUUCCUUUAGGAGGGUUCUUCAGCUGAUGGAGCUAAGCAAUCAAAGCCGGUGUGAGCAGCUCUGAUCCACAUGAUGUUCACAAGUUUAGAUUUUGGAGUUCAGAUUUGGGGUUUGGGGACUGAGUGUGGUCUGGAACCUUCAGAGGAGGUGAAUCACUUCUGGGGCAAACAUCUCGAUCAUGGACGGACUGGCCAUGCCCUUCGUGAUGAUUUUGAAGGCUUCUACUACUAUUAAAUGAUAUGAGGAAGAUACUUACCGAGGUAUUUAAUGGUUUCCUGACAUGAACUGAGUGGCCUUUCUCAGUACAAUCCUAACUCCUGGGAGUGAUUUGCAGUUGCUCAUGAGACCGUACUAGGUGCCAAGGUGAAGACUAUCACUGUCACAGCAAGAGCCUUGUGGCUCAAAGCAGUGACCACCGCCAGCUCAAGAGUCCACCGCCAGCUCAAGAGUCCACCGCCAGCCCCGCCAUACGGCUUCCAAGUCUGAGUUCAUCAUGAGACUGCCCGCAGCCUUUCUGAUCAGUAGGACUGUACUUCUGUUACAUGGAAAAUGUUUCCUGACUGCUUACCCCCUUGUGUAAGAUACUGGAGAACAAUCCAGGUUUUCACCCAUAGGCAGCCGGGCAGACCAAACAGCAGCUCUUUAAAACAGAGUGCCCUGCUGAGUCUGUGUGGAUGCACGAAGAACUACAACCAUGAAAUGGCUGUUUCUAAAAGCAUGCUGUGAAACAAUGUAUUAGGGGCCCGUGUCUUUUUUUUUUUU